AUGUCUGAAGAAGAUUUAAAGACUGUUUUUGAGAUCAUCGACACUAGCACCUCCAGGAUGACCGCAGGGCUUCAGUCGACGUCCCCAUCCAAACUUGCCAAGUCUGAUCUCGCGGCGAGAAGCUCAUUCCACAGCCGUGAGUCCCUGUCCAUCACUGGCAAAUGCGUUGCCAAUAUUCAUGAUGAAUUCCCAGGACCACGACGAGGCACAGGCGUGGGAAUGCAAGGGCCAGGUAUGAAGUGGAUGGAUGGAAUCCAUGAAAGGCUCACGCUGACAAGAGAGCGACGCGAGUACGACGACUGA